AUGACAACAACUGUUUCUUUGAGUGCCAUGAGAAGUGCAUUUUUGCAAAUUACCGACACUGAGAAGAUUAGAGGUGCCCUACAAACCAGUGUGCUCAAAAAAGUGUGCCUAGGAAUUUCGGAUAAGUUUCAAUUUAGGCUUCAUCACUGGCCUUCCUUAAUGUGCCUUUGGUUUUUGUUCACUUUAAUUAUAACGUAUAGCAUAUCCGUAGGAAAGAAACAUGCAUACAAAAUUUUUCCGUACGUAAGCGAUACCGGAACGUACUCACCUGAAAGCUGUAUAUUUAGCCAACUUAUUAAUUUAGGAACGCUUAUAAUGCUUCUCAACAUGUACCUGCGAUAUCGACAAGUAGAGUUAGUAAGUGAGUUGCACGACACCGAUUGCUCCAAAUUAAAUAGGACGUCUAUGUGGUUAGCGAGCAUUGGAUGCCUGGGGAUGAGUAUUGUUGCCAAUUUCCAAAAAAUGAAUAUGCGAGGGAUACACUUUUUCGGCGCUGUAUUGGUGCUUGGUGGAGGAGUAUUGUAUACAAUUUAUCAAGCCCGUAUAUCAUACGCAUUCCGUAAUUUGGAAACAAAACCGAACUCCUGCGGAAUCGCCAGGAACACUGUAAUUGCCAGAAUUGUCAUAAGCGCUACUUGUGUGAUACUAUUUUUUAUAUUGAUCGGAUUUGGAUAUGCCUCCGAGAAAGAUUUUGAAGGUGAUUUAAUAUGGUGGACACCUGACGACUCUGGAUAUGUACCUCAUGUAAUUGCUACAAUUUCUGAGUGGAUAAUUAUUUUGCUAAUAUCGUUAUUUAUACUUUCCUAUACUAAGGAGUUUAAAGAAAUCAAGUUUACUGGUAUAGGAUUUGCGUUAUACUAAAUUAAUUAGGUACAUUGUUAAAUACCAAUCGAUAUAGCUAAUGGACAAUCAGACAUUAAAAUAUAGUAAAAUAUACUUUGACGUUGCAUAAUUAACAAAACUGUGAUGGUACCAUGUUUCUCAAGGAUAUAAUGAGGUAAAAGAGAAUUUGAUAAUCUCGAGCUCGGGGGUAAAAGCUGUAUUGAAUGUAAACCAACAUAAAACUUGCUGCCCGCCCAAAACUACCGAAAUGUGUGAGGUUUUUUGGUGAAUUAAAAAAUCUGUGAGUAAUAAGGAUUGAAUAAAUAACAUUCAUUGACAUGACUUGACGUUUCAAUUAAUUACAACCAAAUCUGCUUUUGUUUUAGUUUUAUCAUAUACCUGCAAUGCACCAAGGUAGGGAAAUCAAAUUAUUAGCUAAAAGAAUUGACGAUUAUAUGUAAUUAGAGAGUUGAGCACUUUUUCCUUUGAUGUUAUUUUGUGACAUUAUUCCGCCAGUUUCUUCGUUGCAUAGGCAAACAAGAACAACGUAAAUAUCUCACGUGAAAUUAAUUUAUAACAGGCUACAGUUACAUGUUUUCAU